AUGCCGGACCAACGCUCUUCUACCAAGCCGAACAACACGACAUCGAUGGAAAACUCAGCUACGCACAACAUCAACGUCUCCGAAAUGCCACCUAAAACACCAACUCUGACUCUCAUUCUUGCAGCCACACCGAGUCUCGGAAUUGGAAACGGUGGAGGCUUGCCAUGGCCGCAGCUUAAAAAAGAGAUGGGGUUCUUUGCGCGAGUAACGAAGCGUACAUCGCCUUCAGCGUCCACGGCGAGCAUCAAGAAAGUAAACGCUGUGCUCAUGGGUCGCAAGACGUGGGAGAGCAUACCCCCCAAGUUUCGGCCUCUGAAAGAUCGCCUAAACAUCGUCGUUACGUCGAAGCCAGAAGAGUUCAAGAGUGAAUUAGACAAGAAUACGGAGGUCGAAGGACCAAUGGUCUGCUCCAGUGUGUUGGAUGCGAUAGCACAGCUCGAGAAGCAGGAUGAUAGCAGACUCCAAGGCUCAGCGAUAGAGCUGGAUAAGAUCUUUGUUAUUGGCGGAGCAACUAUAUACGAAACGGCGCUUCAACUUCCGCAGACAAAACGAGUUCUCCUCACAAAGAUAAAGAAAGAAUUCGAGUGCGACACAUUUUUCCCUGUCAAUCUGGGAGAGACGACAAUUUGGAGGAACGCGAGCAGAGAGGAAGUGCAGGCAUUCACUGGAGAGGAGAUCCAAGAGGGUGGGAUUGAGGAGCAGGGUGUCGAAUUUGAGUUCUGCAUGUACGAGCGGGACAUGUCAAAGCAAGAUCCACCCAUGCAGUCCGUAUGGCAAGAGCUAUGGCGGGGAAAUCUCCCUCUCUACCUAGCCAUGAAUUUCUCGACGACAGCCAACAUCGCACUCGUUACUCUGCUCCUCGUCGCCAUCUUCUCCAUCACUUUUGAGAUCGCCCGCAUCUGGCUAUCCCGUCGCACCCGUCAGACGCAUAGCUACGUUCUCGUCGACGAUACCGUCGGGAUCUCACCGCCGAAUUCAGGACCAGUAUCCUUGUUGGCACGCACCAACCGUGGUCCCCGCUCGAUCGUUUAUGCCAAGGCAAUCCUGCAUGCUAUCCUCUUUCUCGGCGUACAGGCAGUUCUCACUCUCCUCGUUGUCCAGAUUGCGCGCCUCAUAGCAUCUACUUUCGCCACCGACCGCCGUCUUCGCAAGCAAUGCGACCGUUUAGCGCAGAGGGGGCUCGAGUGCCCGGCUGCAACACGCUAUCACAAUGUCCUGAACGUUACGGUUGCCCUUGGUCUGUUUUGCUUGAUCCGAGGUCUUCAAUUGCACGCAGAACUGCCGACCCGCCCAUCUCAGAACAGCAACCACAGCAACGGCUUCCUGACCCUCCAAGACACUUGCCGACGGACGAUGCAGAAGGUGCUUGCAGCGCCCAUUGCCGUGAUCGUCCUACACUCCCGUGUGCCGGCGGAUGAGCUGUGGAAGCACGCCAGACUGAUUCUUGUUCAGAUUGCUGUGUCUGUCUGCAUCUUCCUUUGUGGCAACAUUCUCUGUCUGAUUGCCGCGUUUCCGGAUAUACAUGGUACUAUACUCGCAUUGGAGAAGUCAGGGCUCACUGGAAAGACGGAGGUGUAA